CAAUCUCGCUACCCACCCUCCUUUUCCUAGUUGCUAAAAGAGGCCUCUCUUCGCUCCCACCCCCGGAUAACACUAGCAGCAGCAGAAUAGACGCCGCCGCGAGCCGAGGAAUGGAAGCCGCGACAGCAGCAAUGGCCGCCCUCCCGCCCCAUCCCUGCACCUCCUCCUCGCCGUCGUCCCUGUUCAUCGCCCCCAACCUCUCCGUCUUGAGGACGGCGCCAAGGGUGGCGGCUGUCCGCGCAUCGUCGGCCCAGCCGACGCUCUCCGCCGGGUGGGAACUGUUCGGGCAGUCGGCGGCGAGUCCGGCGGCCAGAAAGGCGCGUCUCGAGGAGCUCGACACCACUAACAUGCUCCUCCGCCAGCGCAUCGUCUUCCUGGGUUCCCCGGUGGAUGAUACGAGUGCUGAUCUUAUUAUCAGCCAGCUCCUACUAUUGGAUGCGGAGGACCAAACUAAGGACAUCAAAUUGUUUAUCAACUCACCUGGAGGCUCCAUAACAGCAGGAAUGGGAAUAUAUGAUGCUAUGAAAUUUUGCAAGGCUGAUGUAUCAACUGUUUGCUUUGGAUUGGCGGCUUCCAUGGGUGCAUUUUUACUUUGUGCUGGGACAAAGGGUAAGAGGUAUUGCAUGGCAAAUGCGAGAAUUAUGAUCCAUCAGCCAUCAGGGGGUGUCGGCGGAAAAGUCACAGAGAUGGGAUUACAGAUAAGAGAGAUGAUGUACGAGAAGAUAAAGAUCAAUAAAAUUAUGUCAAGAAUUACUGGAAAACCAGAGAAGCAGAUUGAUGAGGACACAAAGUUUGACCAUUUCAUGAGUCCUUGGGAAGCCAAGGAUUAUGGAAUACUAGAUCACAUUAUAGAUGAGGGGAUACCGGGAUUGGUAGCUCCAUUGGCAGGAGCUGUGCCACCUCCAAAAUCACGUGUGUGGUACUUGUGGAAGGCUUCAGGGCCAACUAGAAAGAUCAUGAAAGAUCUACCUUCCGAGGAGAAACUAAUUCGAAAUGGUAACGGCAGCGCAACUGGAGAUGAUGGGAAGCUCAAGUAGACCUCCGCAACUGAAGCCUGUCUUCUAUGUUACUAUAAUUUAGUAGAAGCCGACGUAACACUUCGUAAGGGGAUAAUAGGAUGAUGCAUACAGAGUGGAUCUUACUGUGCUAUUUCGCAUGCUAAUUCAUUGCUUGAUUUCAGGUUAUGGGUCUCCGUGUAGCCUGGUAGUUGGUAGAAAAAGGAUGUCGUGACGAAAUCCAAUGCAAUGAUUUCUAUGAUGCCUUGUUUUAUGGGUGUACACUAUUGCUUCUUGUUCUCUACUUCGAUGCAACAUGACACCAGCAUCUUGCUUUCA